UUGGCUCUUUUCCGGCAUGGGUUGAAACUUGAAAGUGUCAGUAUGUGGAAGAAAGGCGUCAAGUAAAUCUAUCAGUGAAGCAAUGAAGCGAAAUCCAUUUCAGCUUCGAAAAUUACUCGGCUGUUCGUAUUCUUCCACACCCCAUUCCAUUCAACUAACACCAUCGCCAAAUCCUUUCUUUGCACCGAUUCACUCGGGCAGAGAUGCCGAUUUCAUUGAAACCAUCCAACAUCUCUGCCACCAGAAACGAUUGAAAGACGUGAUUCCAUUCCUAGAAAAUCAAGUUCGCCCCCCUCCCGCUGCUUAUUCUAAAAUCCUGCAGCUCUGCAUUGAGAAAAGGGCUCUAAAUGAGGGCAAAAGAGUCCAUGACUAUAUCAAUCGCUCUGGUUUCCUGGCUGGAGUGUUUAUCUCCAACAAGAUUCUUGAGCUGUAUUGCAAAUGUGGCAGUAUGUCGGAUGCCCGCAAGCUGUUUGAUGAAAUGGGCGAGAGGGAUUUGUGUUCUUGGAACACUUUGAUAUCGGGCUACGUGAGAUUAGGCAUGGUUUUAGAAGCAAGGGAGCUGUUCGAUGAAAUGUCUGAAAGAGACAACUUUUCGUGGACGGCCAUGAUUUCAGGCUACGUGAAGCAUAAACAACCUUGGCAUGCCUUGGAGCUGUACAGAUUAAUGCAGAGAAAUGAGCAUCUCAUGUGCAAUAAGUUCACCGUGUCUAGUGUCCUCACGGCUUCGGCUGCCAUGCAUUCGUUGCGGUUAGGGAAAGAGAUUCAUGGGCGUAUAAUCAGAACAGGGUUGGAUUCUGAUGCUGUGGUUUCGAGUGCUCUGAUGGAUGUGUAUGGGAAGUGUGGGAGCCUAAACGAGGCAAGGUACAUUUUUGAUAGGGUAGAAGGGAAAGACAUUGUGGUUUGGACAGCAAUGAUUGAUCGGUAUUUUGGAGAUGGGAGGUGGGAAGAUGGCCUUUCUUUGUUUUCUGAUUUCUUGUGUUGUGGGAUUAGCCCUAACGAGUACACGUUUGCAGGGGUUUUGAACGCGUGCGCUCAUCAAACUGCCGAGGAAUUAGGCAGGCAGGUCCACGGGCACAUGAUGCGAAUUGGGUUUGAUCCGUGCUCUUUUGCGGCUAGCUCGCUUGUGCAUAUGUAUGCCAAGUGUGGUAGCGUGGAUAGAGCCGAUAAAGUGUUCAAGUGGCUGCCUAAGCCUGAUUUAGUCUCGUGGACCUCGUUGAUCAAUGGAUAUGCUCAGAGUGGGCAGCCCCAUGAAGCUCUUAAGCUGUUUGAUAUGCUGCUUAAGUCUGGCACUCAGCCUGAUCAUGUUACGUUUGUAGGUGUUUUAUCUGCUUGCACUCAUGCAGGUUUAGUCGAUAAAGGUCUCGAAUGUUUCCACUUGAUAAAGGAGAAACAUGGGCUACUUCUCACUGCUGACCACUAUGCUUGUGUGGUUGAUCUCUUGAGUCGUUCGGGAAGAUUCAAGGAAGCACAGGAUAUGAUUCGUUCAAUGCCUAUGAAAGCCGACAAGUUUCUGUGGUCUUCUUUACUUGGUGGAUGCAGGAUUCAUGGGAACUAUGAAAUUGCAGAGCAAGCUGCGGAAGCCUUGUUUGAGAUUGAGCCGGAGAAUGCAGCUACUUACGUCACUCUUGCUAAUAUCUACGCCACUGCAGGGAAGUGGAAUGAAGUGGCGAAGGUUAGACAACUGAUGGAUGAGAGAGGAGUGGUGAAGAAACCUGGCAUGAGUUGGGUUAACAUCAACAGAAAGGUCCAUGUCUUUUUGGUUGGAGAUGAAUCCCAUCCAAAAUCGAAAGAUAUAUUGAAAUAUUUGGGUGAGAUCUCAAAGAGGAUGAAGGAAGAAGGGUUUGUUCCUCACACGAAUUACGUGCUGCAUGAUGUAGAGGAGGAGCAGAAAGAGCAUAAUCUGUCCUACCACAGUGAAAAACUUGCUGUGGCAUUUGGCAUCAUCAGCACUCCUCCUGGAACACCGAUCAAGGUUUUCAAGAACUUGAGGACAUGCAUGGACUGCCACACAGCCCUUAAGUUCGUGUCAAGGAUUGCUGAGAGGAAAAUAACCGUACGGGAUUCGAGUAGGUUCCAUUGUUUCGAGUCUGGGAGGUGUUCUUGCCAAGAUUACUGGUGAUCCCUCAGAUAUGGAGGGAGGAGGUGUGCUUUCAUUUUUCUGUGGUUUGAAGUUUGUAUUCUUAGUCUUAUUAUUUCUUUAUCAUACUUUAUAAAGUGGCUUAGUUGAUUGGAGUUUGAUUGGUACUUGUUGCUGAUGAAAUCUAGCCUUUUCUUUUAAAAUAGGUCAUUUUCUUGUUGUACCAUCAACUAUUUGUAUUCAUGGAUUAAAGGAACUGAACUCUUCUUAUACAAUACAGG